CUCACACCUGUUUCCCCAGUCCAGAUCCGGAGGAGCAUCAUAAAGCUUCAAGUCCAUUCACACGAGCAAGCACGAGCACCGGAAGCUAAUCACGACCUACAGUAUUAGCUACGGCACGGAUGCAUUUCUAUGCUGUUCUCUGUCGAAGAUCUAAAUGGAACGUGGAAGGAAGUUACGGCGGUGGAAUGCGCCAUCUCUCGAAAUUGCAGGUGUCUUUGAAUGCGAGGGGGGCGGGAACUUUCCUGAGAUUUCUCACUGAAAGACUCAAAAUUAGUCUCAUGCAAUAAUGGUCGGCAAGUUACAUCUCAAUGCAAUUGUGGAAUGGUAGACCAGCCUUCCGUUGUGAAAAUCUCUGCCCGCCGCCCCUUCCUGGCUUCCAGUACCGCGUGCAGACGGCGAUCGAUGGCGGCAAAACUGAGGAUUGGCCGGAAGCGGAGAGCUGGAGGUUGAGACUCGAGAACGGCGGGAUUGCCGAUUCCGAGUUUAAUUCGGAAGGAGAAGGAAGCAGCGCGAGGCACUUACGUUUGCACCACUCAGCCUGAGGCCCAUUGGCUCUCUCUCGGGUCUAUCCCAGUUCUUCUAAAGUUCGUUUUCCCUCGUGCUCGGGCACCUGUUUCGCGCAUCGAAGUGCAGCAGGACGAACCUAGCCGCAUGCGUCCUUCUGUUUUCGAAAGUUGCAUCAUCCCACGCAGGCACCCACUUCGAGGUCUUACGCAUCAUAACCAAUCAGCCGCUGCCUUCGAAGCUACGAUUCUCGCUCUUAAAAACUUCUCCGACCCGAGUUACUGUCUGUGGCUCCCUGCGUCCUUCCUUCGUCUUCGACCCGGCCUGUGGCUCUCUCUCCCUCGCGUCAUCUUCAUCCUCCCACCACCAUGACUAUCGACAACACCAUGGGCUCAGCCCUCGUCGGCGUCAUCGGGGCCGCUGUGUGAGUCGGUCGAGGCAAACAAACCUUUGGCGCUCUCUCAUUCGACUUGUCGCGGUGCGUUCAGGUUAUAUGGAGUGUCUUGCGUUCAGACGUGGUAUUACUACAAUCGAUACGGGUCCAAAGACGUGUUGUAUCUCAGAGUUCUUGUUGGAGUGGUCUUCGCGUUCGACUCUGUCCAUCAAGCGCUCAUUUCUCAUACUGUGUAUUACUAUAUUGUAUCGAAUUUCAACAACCCAGAGGAGCUAGGAAAUCUCGUUUGGUGUGUUCUACCUCGAAGUUUUGUUCAAUGGCCUCAUUGGCCUCAUCGUCCAAGGGUUUCUGACCAUGAGGGUCUGGCGAUUAAGCAAUGGCAAUCUGUGGCUCACCAUUCUUGCGGCGUCGCUGGUGCUCGCCGAGUUCAUCUGUUCUGUGGCAUUCACCGUCCAGUCCAUGCAAUUGCACACUUGGGCACAACUAAGUCAACUCAAGGGACUAUCGAUGUCCGUUAACGUCUUGGGAGCUGUCUCAGAUUUUACAAUCGCUGUCAUCCUCGUUCACUAUCUGCGGCGCUCUCGGACGGGUUUCAGAAAAUCGGAUACGAUGAUCUCCAAGCUGAUCACUUUUGCUGUCAGCACUGGGCUGCUGACCAGUGUCUGUGCCUUAGCCUCGCUGAUCUCGAUCUUGGCGUGGGGCAACACUUUGAUUUAUGUUGCUUUCUACUUCAGCCUUGGACGGCUCUAUUUCAAUACGGUGCUAUCUACGCUCAAUCUCAGACAAGACAUUCGAGCGGCCGCCGACGAUCCUGAAGACAACACGUACUCCCUCGAAUUGUCCAAGCGUCAGAUCUCGAGCGCCGUCAAGCCGCCAACGAUUUCCAUCAAAAUCGACACGUCACACGAAGUGGAAGCUGAGCAUCGGUCGGAACAGUCAUGCAGCACCGCUGAAAAAUCGCAGGAGCUCGAGGAGGAGCUAGGGAUGUAAUGGAAAACCGGGUUGAUAUCUGCUGUAUAUAAGUAUCGUGGAAGAACUGGGGACGAACAUUGACUGUCUGUACUUACUGCUGUAUUUUUGUAUCCCAAAAGCAGACGAGCCGCGUCUCGCGCCUCGUGUCGAGCUUUACCUCACAGAGGCUCCUCAGUCUGCAGCGUGCCGGGGAAUGGCACCGAAUCCGACAUUGCCCUGUCCAAGUCGACACCUUCUGAACCCAGGCAAGACAUGCCCACCAGAUCAGAACUUUCUCUUGACCUCCACGUUUUUUCACCAAAUCGCGCACUCUCUCUCACGGAAUCUAGGCCAGGGACUCACUGGCCACCAGAGCGGACAUUAGCUGACGCUGGCGGGGCAUUACGUCUGCCAUGUGUAUCGGAGCAGCUCUCUUUCUCACCCGCAUGCGCUCAGAAACGAAUCUCGUAAUGCAAACCUAUUGCUGGAUCGGGAUUCCCUGUCGACAGCGCGGCGAUUGCCUCGGCCUUCUUCGCAACUUCAAACGCUUUUGCGAAGAACCACGAUUGGCUGGCCCUAGCCCAACCAACAAACAUGGGUUGCCAUAAAGUGCGUUUACCCUCCGAAUCUCGACCGUGCGACCCUCCCCUCCCGUUCAAAAUUCCUCGCCAUGCCCGGCUCCCUUCUCCUCGCGCUGGAUGGCUGUGCCUGCCUAUGCCUGGUGCUCCUCUUGCGACGUGCUUGGUUGGCGCGUCGAUCUCCAGCGCCUGCCCUUCCGCCUGGGUAAUUUCGCUGUCCUCUUCCAUGUACCUGUCCGCUGAAUUAGGGUGUCCAGCCCUAAAGGCUUGCCCCUCAUCGGGAACGUGCUCGAUAUGCCUUCGGAGCAGGAAUGGCUUACUUUCUCCAAGUGGUCCGACACCUGGGGUGAUAUUUGCAGUGUUAGUGUCUUCGGAAAAACGCUGGUUAUCGUCGGCUCGGCUCAGGUCGCUAUGGAUCUAUUGGACAAGAGGAGCGCAUACUAUUCUGAUCGCCCCGUUUGCACUAUGGGUGGCGAACUCGUCGGUUGGAGAAACACUCUAGUAUUGCUGCCAUAUGGCGACCGCUUCCGACGGUUCCGACGCCUCUUUCACAGCAUAAUCGGUAGCCGGGCCUCCAUGCACCAGUUUUUUCCAGUAGAGGAGUUCGAGACUCGGAAAUUCCUUCGUCGCGUGCUCGCUAAACCGGACGAGCUAUCACAGCACAUCCGCAAAACCGCCGGAUCGAUCAUUCUGCGCAUCUCACACGGAUACGAGGUCAAGGAACACAACGACCCUUUCGUCCAUCUGGCCGAGCAAGCGACCGAGCAGUUCUCGCUCUCGACGGCCCCCGGUGGAUUCAUGGUCGAUCUUGUUCCAGCCUUGCGCCACGUCCCGAAAUGGUUUCCGUUCACAGGCUGGCGAAGCAAGGCCGAAGCUUGGGCGAUGACGCUGAUCCAGAUGGUCGAACAACCUUACAGUUUUGUCAAAUACCAGAUGGCCUCGGGUACGGCACCGGUGUCAUUUACGUCCACUUUUCUGGAGUCCAAGGUUCUGAGCGAGGACGACGAGUUCGAUAUCAAAUGGGCGUCCGCGUCUUUGUAUAGUGGCGGUGCCGACACGACAGUGUCUGCGAUCUAUGCCUUUUUUCUCGCCAUGGCACUCAAUCCGACUGUGGUCCUCAAGGCACAGCAGGAAAUUGACAAAGUUGUGGAUCAGGAUAGACUGCCGGCCUUUCGGGACCGAGAUGAUCUGCCUUAUGUAGAUGCUCUUGUCAAAGAGGUGCUCCGCUGGCAUUCAGUCGUUCCUACGGGCGUGCCCCACCGCGCCAUGCGUGACGAUGUGUACAACGGGCACUUCAUCCCCAAGGGCGCUCUCAUCAUCACGAACAUCCACCGACUCACACACGACCCGCGAGUUUACCCCGAUCCAACGGCCUUCAGGCCUGAACGCUUCAUUGCUACCAAGGAAAAGGCCGCAGAGCCCGAUCCGCGCAACUUUUCUUUUGGCUUUGGCCGUCGAAUCUGCCCGGGAAUGCAUCUCGCCGACGCUUCAUUAUUCAUCACAUGUGCGAUGUCUUUGGCAGUGUUCGACAUCGCGGCAUGCGUCGAGAAUGGCAAGGUUGUCUUGCCGGAACAUAAGAACACAACAGGAACUAUCAGUCAUCCGGUUCCCUUCCGCUGCUCAAUCAAGCCUCGCUCAGAGAAAGCGUUGGAACUCAUCCAAGCAGAAUAAACUCGGGAGCUUCCUUCCUUCUUGUUUAAAUGAGCGUCGGUUAUUUAUGAUAUCCAAGCAAUUGUAUGUAUUUUACUUUGCCAGUGAAUUAUGGAUCAAUUUGGCUGUUAUGAUUCUUAUGAACGUCUUGUGGCGCAGAAGCGGGAUUCAAAGUCGACGAGUCAGAAGAGCGGUGGUCAUCGGCGGCAAGGGGGAGUGAUGGUUGGGAUGGAGCAUCGUGUUUUUCUGGGCUGCCUUGCGAUGGAUCGGCGUUGCGGAGGAUGCGUUCAAGAGAACUGCGGACUCCCAUCUUGAACUGAUCAUCCGCAAGCAAGGGAACUUCUCCAGCGAAGCGGUCGAUGAUGGGGAAACUUCAUAAGGGAGCAGUCAGCCCUGGCUCGAGAUCAGGAACGGUGCUCACCGAUUCACCUCCUGCACAAGUUCCUUCAAGUAAUCGUGACCACUCGAAAUGGACGCGUCCAAUCACAGGAAGUACCUUGACGAUCAUGUUCUGCGAUGUGUUCGCGAGCUGUCCGGAGUCGAGUCGUUGACGAGCGAUCUCUUCAACACGAGUCUUGAACGCAUCAUAUCCAGUCUUCAACAGAGACUAAGCCAAGUGUGCCGCCUCAAAAGUCAAGGGAACAAACAGAGCGUUGAGCACUAGCGAUGAGUUCGCGCCGCCACUUGUCAAACUCGCCAGACUUUUUUAUUCUGUGCGACGUGAUGGUGAGACCGGGUAUAAGCAAGCCUAUGUAGGCUUGGGAGCGACCGACUCUUCCACGAGCUCUGCGGGGUCUGUGAUGGCCAUGGGUAAAGAGAGACCUCGAUAGCCGAGGCCGGCAACGAUCGUCCGUUGACGCGAAUCUGAUCGAUGGCAUGCUAAAUUUCUGGAUCGGCUCGACGCGUCGCUCAUCCUUCCUCCCUCACCUUUGAGCGAUUUGGGUAUCCUAUUCCAUCGCCUCCCUACUGCGUGUGCCUCAGCUCACCUUGCUACAUCCAUCACGACUAAGAUGGCACCCCAAUUUCCACCUUUGAAGAACGAUCUGCUGUUACGUGCGGCCCGAGAGUUCCGCGAGUUGCGCAAGGAUCAUGCCUUCUUCGACAUCUGCAGAACGCCCGCCCUCGCAACUGAGAUUACUCUUCAGCCGAUCCGCCGAUUCACCGGUCUCAUUGACGCCGCGAUCAUCUUUUCGGACAUCUUGGUCAUUCCGCAGGCCAUGGGUAUGGAGGUCCUCAUGAACCCAGGCCCCGAGUUUCCGGAUCCUUUGAACACACCCGCGGACGUGAGCAAACUCCGAACGGUUGUGGACGUCGACAAGGAGCUCGGGUACGUCUUUGAGGCGCUAACUCAAACGCGCAUCGCACUCGCGGGGGAAGUGCCGCUGAUCGGCUUCUGUGGCGCCCCCUGGACGCUGUUCAUGUACAUGAUUGAGGGUGGCGGCAGCAAGACGCACCAGAAGAGCAAGACGUGGUUGUACAAGUACCCGGAAGAAUCCAAGGCAUUGCUUAUGCGCAUCGCGGAUAUAUGCGUAGACUAUCUCGUCGGUCAGGUUAAAGCCGGGGCACAGAUUCUGCAAGUAUUCGAUUCCGUCGCAGGGGAACUGUCCCCCGACGAUUUCGACGAGUUCUCUUUCCCAUCCUUGGUACACAUCUCUACAAAUGUCCGCAAGCGGCUAGCUGAAGAGAACAUACCCGCCGUUCCAAUGACGCUCUUUGCCAAGGGCUCCAACUACGCUCUCGCUUCGUUGGCUGAGAACUCGGGCUACGACACGCUGGGGUUGGACUGGGCGAUCGAUCCUGCUGAGGCUCGGAGACUUGUGAAGGGCAAGGUUGCGCUCCAAGGGAACAUGGAUCCGAGCUUGCUUUAUGGCGGUCGCGUCGCAAUUGAAAAGGCUGUCAAGCGGAUGUGUGCGAGGUUUGCGGUCGAGGGAAACACCCAGGCCUGGAUCGCAAACCUCGGUCAUGGAAUCACUCCCGCCGUUGAUCCUGAGGACGCCUCUCAAAUCCGUGAAGCACAGGAAAGGCUUAGCAUUAGCAAGCCAGCUGUCAUGUUUCCCGCGACGCGUGCGCCGCCCCUCGCAGUACCGGAAAUCUCAGUCCGUCACCGUGCAGAACAAGGCGCCCAUUAUCUUCAGACUUUUCUCCCUGAUCUUGAAAUACCGGCUGAACUGAUCCGCGACGAACUCACAAACGAUGCCAACUUCCAACGCGAUUCUCAAGCAUUCGAUGCCUUUGCGGGGAACAGACUGGAGGUUGUUGGGGUCGAAGGGCCUGAAGUUGUCUCAGCACGCAAUUUGCACCUUGCGUUUCCCAUGGGUGAACUUGGCUGUGAUCUCAACAUCUCCCCCUGGACAACCGAUGAAUCUCAGAUCUUUGGACCUGCUGCUCAAAUUGACAACCAUUCUAGCUUCAUCCUAUCUCAGUGUUCCAAGCUACGGGUGCAAGAAUUUGCAUCCAUAUCCUCCGCCCAGAUUGGUGGCAAGCCCGCAGUCGAUGUCAAGCAUCUACCUGAAUCGAACCUGCUCCUCGUGAACCGCUGCGGACAAGUUUAUCACUGCAAUUGGGAUGCAAAUACUACAAUCGUCGACCAUAUCUUGAAUGAUGCGAAUCCAAGCGAUCCAUUCUGGAGGCUCGAACUAACCGAUCGAUCGGAUGCAUGUUGGCUCCUGUGCAAGGAGAACCUUAGAGAACUUGACUUGAGGUCUCGACAAUCUGUUUUGGACAUCGCUUUCGGGGAAACAUACACUUCUGUCGAAGACUGUACACAGGACCACCUGUUGCGUCUGUGCUCAACUUCACAUCUCACCUGGUUCGAUCGUCGCAAGGCUUCACAGCCUGUCCUCGCCUAUAAGCAUCAUCGCUCGUAUGAUCGGACGUUAGAAGCUAAAACCAUCACAAUCGGAAACAAACAUUAUACCACCCUAUCUUCGAAGGACAACGGUUUGGUCACGAUCUACGAUGUUUCCAACGCCGGUCUUAUUAGUGCGAAUGACUCGCCGUUUUGUCUAUCAGCUACUGUUCCCGGCAAGCAAAUCGGGCAGAUCUUCCUGAAGAGCGAUUCUGAUGUCAAAUUUCUGCGAUUGUCUGAUUUGGGUGCUAUCCACGGCUGGCAAAUCACGGACAAGCAUCCCGUCGAACUCAAGGUGGAUUGGUCUGAAGAUGUCCGUCGAUUGCACUCCGAGUCAGCUGCACUUCGGGACGAACCCACUCGACUAGGCGCUCAUCAGCCCACUCUCAUCGAUUUAUCUCCAGCUUACGAGAAGAUAUUUUAUCCCAAGGAUGAAGACGAACUAGAAGAAUCGGCAGAGGCUCUGUAUGACAUGAUUGAAAAAGCGCCGACCUUGUCUCAGGAAGAGACAAACGAACGGGACAAUGGAAUCCGAACCACGUUCGAUCUGCUAUUUCAAUCCGGAGAGAAGCCUGCUCAGGUCGCUCGGUCUGACUUUCUCACUGAGACAGUCAUUGAUUCAGAACGGGCUUAUCACGCGUUGCUUCAGGGCCGGCUUUCAUCCAGUACUCUCCAGGGCAGCUCAAAAUGGACUCAUGAUCACUUGGAAACAUUGAGGGCAUUCGAUCACACUUAUGUAGCCGACCCUCACUCCUUCGUCGACAACUUGCGGCAAUCCGACCCUAUUUCCGACUCGGACCGAGCGGCCAGCUCUUUGAGGCGUGAGACAAGGGCAAGAGAACAGCUAGCCCUCGAUCUCUCCCUGGCCCGGAAUAUCUAUUCGUCACGGCCGUUCCACACCGCUGAAGAGGCCGAUCAAGAACUGGAAACUAUGACGGCAGUCAUGUCUCUCGCCGACGAGCCGGCCCAAUUCAAAUUCGCCUUCCUUCGUCCAGUGGUGCAUCCAGAGGCAGUAGUGACAGGAAAGUUCGGCGAGGAGAUUGUUCCUUCCUCAGUCCGGUCACUGCUCAAGGACUGGGAUGUGGGUACAGACCCUAAAAAGCACUUGUUCAAAGACUUCGAUGAAGAACUCAGCGUCGCAGGCAACGCUCCUCUGUCCCAUAACCCUACAAAGGGCCGUUUUCGACCUACACAGGAUGUCAAGUCGCAUCCUCCUUUGAUUGGGUUGAGCCAGCCAGUGGCUAAUCGACACAAAUUCCUCUCUCAGGAUCGGCCGAUGCUGCAAGAUCUGGCAGUGCAACGGCGACCUCCACUGGUUUCCGGCAGUCAGCCCAUGGAAAUCGACAAGGACCGGUCCCAGUCUCAGGAGAUGAUGGCCAGCACACAGAUCUUGCCCGGGGCAUUUGGCGGGCGGCCAGCCAUCAAAAAGAAGGUCAAAAAACGGAUUGGUGGUUUUUAAAUUAGUACAUCGGCUGGAUUCAGGCGAAAUAUGUAUGUACUAUCCAAUUCGAACUCCUACGAUCAGUGCCAACAUUGUGUGAGGCAGACCGUAGACAAGGGCUGUUCAGGUCAAGUCAUCAAUCGGUCGUUUCAUGACUCACGGGAAAGUGUACUCGGGCAAACGUCAGUUGAACCUGGUUCCAGUUACAGAUAUGGGGCUGGUUUACUAACUAGAAAGCGUCGGCUCCGCCGACAUUCUGCCUUGCUAUUUGAUAUCAAAUUAAUUCUAAUUUUUUCUUUAAUACGGGCAACUACGACGGGUCGAACUCGAGACCGACAGGAAAAACACGGAGAGGAACGGAACAGCGGGGGAAGCCGGGUCCGACGAAAUCAAGCCAAUUAUGAGGGUGGAGAAGCCUUGACAAGCAAGGCAAUGAC